UGCCAGUCAUCGUGUCGGACGAACUAAAUCUGCUUUUGGAUGAGUUUUGGUAUGCCGCGUCACUGAAUGUCAUUGUAUUUAUAAAUAAGAUCAGCUCCAGAAAUAGGUGGCUACAGGUUUUCCAGGCGUACCGACUAAAAUAAAGCAGCCUGGAUUCGUUAAACAAUAAUAUUGUCUGUACCGCUCGUCCAGUCAUUGUGAGUCUAUCAAACGCACAGUUUCAAGAUGGACGAUGAUUCUCAGCAAUUCUCUUUACGCUGGCACAAUCACCAGGUGGGUAAAUACACUGAGGACCGUGUUAUCUGAAGCACUGUUUCUUAUUGGACACGAUACAAAUGACGAGCGUAAUAGGAGCCCUAGGGCGAAUGUUGACGACGGGGGCCCUGAGUGACGUCACACUGAGCGCCAGCGGGGCUCUGUUACGAGCACAUAAACUAGUUUUAGCCGCUUGUAGCCAGUACUUCGCACAAUUGUUUAAGGAAAUAGACGCUGAGAACAAUACGCUAGUCGUCGUGUUGGGAUGCGAAGCAGCUGAACUGAGAUUACUUCUAACCUUCAUGUAUACCGGCGAAGUGACCGCUUCUAGACGCUGUCUACCUGCUCUGCUUCGACUGGCUCACACUUUGCAAGUAUCUGGACUAACGGAUGCUGAUAACAACGCAAAUUUGACACAAACACAAGAAGCGAUCAACGAGCCUACUUCUCCUAUUAAUCUAGAAAAAUCUGACCCUCAAGAAUUCAUGACAAACGACAUCCAAACUGAAAUUAACAAAACGAAUGACAUCAAAAGCCAGCCCACGGAAUACGUUGAAGCUGUUGACAGGAAUAACAAGGAGAAAAUCAGCAAACUGGAUCAGAUUGUACAGAAUCUGUACAGCACGCACCGAGUCGGAAGUUUCAUACCGGAUAUCACAACACCACCAAUACCUACAUUAGGAGAAUCACCGGAUUUCGAUAGAAAAUGGCGGUCGAAUAGUUCAGUGUGCACGAUAUGCAACAAGCGGCUCAGCAACCAGUACAACCUGCGCGUGCACAUGGAGACGCACGCAGGCCGGCGCCACGCGUGCCGCGCCUGCAGCCACGUGUCGCGCUCGCGGGACGCGCUGCGCAAGCACGUCGCCUACCGACACGCGCCCGCCGCGCCGCGCGACCGCCCGCUGUGACGUCACUCCGGACCGCAGUAACGCUACACAGCAUACGUCUUAUCGCUCUCAGACACAGGGCUUGGAUUUUAAGGUUCUGGGGCAACAGAGGAGUGGAGGCUUCUGAUUAUUAUUUUACAAAUUAACUUGAACAAUUUAAUUUCUGUCAGUAAGGUUUUUCAAUCAUUUAUUUACUCUUUGUAUCAAUACAUUUUAAAAUAAUAAUUAAUAAAAUGAUUAUAAUUUGACUAUAUCUACACAUAUACAUUAAAACUGUUAACUAGUCGGAAUCUUUGUGUUGGGCGCCCCUCUCCUGUGGAGGCCCCAGGGCAGUUACCCUGGUUGUCCUCCCCUAAAUCCGACCCUACUUAGAUAUGUACAAUUGUGUAAUACGCCAUCGUUCGCUUGUCCUUAUUCCAUUUGGGAUCAAUGCUAGACAAGAAUUUGGCAGAUUUUUGCUGGUUAGUCGGUUUUCUUCCAGCGUAUAUACGGGUCGUUAUUGUUUAGAAAUUUUUAUUUAGUCAAAACUUAAGACGACAACCGACAAUCUGCCGCGACAGGAAGAUGAUCAAAGAGAAAUCAGAAUGAAUAGUUAAUAGACCAGUAUCGAAUAGAAAUAUUAGUAGUGAGACCGACAUUUGACUGUCCAUCGAAAACAUGGUAACGCAGCAUUAUUUCAAAACUUCUAUUUUUUUUACUAACUUUACCUGUUAGUAUGUAUGACUAAUUUUCAAACAAGUUCCACUCGACUGAUUAGAUAAAAUCUUUCAUAUACCUUGAGGUGUGUCUACAUAUUACCAUUAAUUUUAACUCGAUAACUUAUUUAUUUUAUCAUGUCAUACGUACCAAUCCAACAAAACCAGUUUAAUAAUAUGGGCACCAAUUGUAGCGUCGCCUUAACGGAAAGAAUGAAUUCCAAUUUAAAAAAAACCCCGCGCUUACAAAUCUUAACAAUACGUAGAUAUUUUCUAGUUUCCAAAAACAAAAUGCUAUAACUAUUCUAAUCAAAUGACUAUGAUCAAAAUAUUAUUUAUUGUAGUGUAGAGGUAAGAAUUAUCUUUAUGUAUAAAAAAUAUUCCUCAAAAUGUAUGUAACAGAUGACGGAGGACUGUCGCUAAUUCCGUUUGACAUCCAUCUUCAAAAGCGCUAUUUUCAAAUUAUUGUUGUUAAUAAAAUUUAUAAAUACCGUUUAAUAAUUAUACAUAAAUGUUGAUCGCAGCUUACUCUCUACAAUAGCGCCAUUUUGGAAAAUUUGAAAACCCUUUUUUCAUAAAUUUUGAUACACUUUUUCGUUUUAAAACUUACAUACUUUUAAGUUUCAUCACUAUGACGUGUUGAGGACACGCUAUAGUGAUGCAACUUAACUUCAUUAUAUAUUUUAAUUUUAUAUCAUCGUAAUAGGACGAGGUAUUUUUAGUAAGGCCUAAAAAUAUAAUUUUGUUAAUAUUUGCAAGCGCGUUAUAGUAAUAUAGUUAGGUACAUAUUCUUAAUCUAUACAAUGUUAUAGUUAAUCUAGUCAUUUUUAGUUGUAAGGACUUUUAUAAAAGACAUAAUUAUUAUCAAUAAAUAAUAUUUUCUUAUCGUAA